AUGGCUCGCACCAAGCAAACCGCCCGCAAGUCCACUGGUGGCAAGGCCCCUCGCAAGCAGCUCGCCUCCAAGGCCGCCCGCAAGAGCGCUCCUUCUACCGGCGGUGUCAAGAAGCCCCACCGUUACAAGCCUGGUACCGUCGCUCUCCGGUCCUUGAGAUCGCCCAGGACUUCAAGUCCCGAUCUCCGGUUUCCAGUCGCCUGCCAUCGGCGCCCUUCAGGAAUCCUGUUGAGACUUACCUCGCCUCCGUUGUUUGAGGACCACCAACCUGUGCGCCAUCCACGCCAAAGCGUGGCACCAUCCAAUUCCAAGGACAUUCCAGCUUGCUUCGUCGCCUCCGUGGGUGAGCGCAACUAA